AUGUACCUCACCGUGGCCAGCGUGAGCCUGGAGCUGGGCGCCUUCUCUAAAGCCAUUGACGGCUUCCAGAAGGCAUUGGCGGCUGCGCAAGUGCAUAACGAUAACACUUUGUUGCUGCAGGUAUACGUAGGUCUAUCAGAGUUAUGGCGUCGUUUACGCGACUGCGAAAGAGCGGUUGCUUGCGCCGCCCGCGCCUGCGACUUAGGCAGAGGGCCGCGCGCAGCCGACCUCAAUACGAGGCACCAUCGCACAGCGUUACUACAAAUGGCAGCAGCUUUGAGGGCAAGAGGAGAGCUGGGAGAUGCACAUGAUUACUGUAACGAAUCACUGCGACUGGCAGCAGUGGCUGGAGAUCAAGGUUGUUACGCUAGAGCGGUGCGGAUCGCAGGCGACGUGUAUCGGAGGAAAUGUGACAUCGGGAAGGCGCUUAGACACUAUGAAGUGGCAAUGGGUGCGGGCCAAGCACUAGGCGAUCGUCUAGCUCAGAUGGAAGCAAUGGACGGCGCUGCGAGAUGUCUUGAAGCUCUAAGACUGCAGGGUCGUAUAUGCAACUGUAGACCUCUAGAGUUCAACACGCGAUUACUAGAGGUCGCCACUUCCGUCGGAUCUAAGAUGCUAGUGCGACGCGUGCGUUUGCGCUUGGCGGACAUAUACACAGCUUUGGGGGACAACAAUGCUGCUUCCAAGUUAAAAAGGUCAGCGUCCACGUGGGCAGCGCCGACGUGCGCCCGCUGCAGGGAACCGCUGGCGGAGGCGGCUGAACCGCUGGCGGCUUUACCGUGCGCUCAUAUUGUGCAUCACGCCUGUAUGCCCGAGUCGUGGUCUCGUCGUUCUAACCGCGGCGCUGCCCCGGCGGGCGGCGCGGAGUGCGCGGAGUGUGCGUCCCCGCGCGCGCCCCGCGCCCCGCCCCCCGCGCCACCCGCGCCCCCCGCCCCCAGGCACCACAACGCGCAGGUGAGGAGAUAUACUACGGAUAGGGUUCAUCAUCAUCAAUAUCAGCAGCCUAUUAAUGCCCCCGCUUCUAGGGCACAGUCCUUCCCUAUGGAUGGAAUAGAGAGAUUGGGCCAUGACCCACCACGCGGGCGGAAUAAAGUGCGAAAAACUUGUGGGAAAUUCAAAUAUUUUGAAAUGCGGCAAGAGCGGUUGUGA